GUCCCCAAUGUCCCCAAUGUCCCCGAUGUCCCCAGCGUGUCCCCAAUGUCCCCCCAGGACGCCUCCAUCGCCCACCGGUUCCACGUCAUGAGGGAGAAGCACCCGGGGAAGUUCAACAGCAGGAUGAAGAACAAGCUCUGGUACCUGGAAUUCGCCACCUCCGAGUCCCCCAUUUUCGCCACCUGCCGCCGGCUCGGGGACAACCUGAGCGUGGAGGUGGGCGGGACCCCCCCUGGAGCUGCGGGGGUCCCUGGAGGGGCUGGCGGUGCUGAACAUCCCCAGCGCCCACGGGGGCUCCAACCUGUGGGGGGACACGCGGCUGGGGGACAGGCGGCAGCGACAGCGACAGCGACAGUGGCAGCGACAGCGGCAGCGACAGCGACAGCGACAGCGACAGCGACAGCGACAGGGGCGGGGCUGGCACCCAGCGUCACCGACCCCGAGAGCCUCAAGAGCUGCGUGCAGGAUUUGGGGGACGGGCGCCUGGAGCUGGUGGGGCUGGAGGGGGUCCUGGAGCUGGGACAGAUCUACACCGGGCUCAAGAGCGCGGGCACACGGCUGGCAGCGGGCGCCGAUGUCACCAUCAGGACCUCGAAGCCCCUCCCGAUGCAGGUGGACGGCGAGCCCUGGAUGCAGCCGCCCUGCACGAUCCGGAUCACGCACUGGAACCGCGUCCCGAUGCUCAUGGCCCCCCCCUCCCGCUCCGGGGGCUUUUUUGGGAUCAAGAAGAGCCCCCCCCGAUCCCUGAGGGGGCCGGGGGGGCCCCCCUGAACCGGGCCCGGCCGGGGGGGCACAAACCGACCCCAAUUCCUCCUUUUUUCCCCAUUUUUUCCCUUUUUCCCCCUCAUUUUUCCCCUUUUUUCCCCAUUUUUUCCCUUUUUC